CUGAUGAGCAUGACUGUUGCCACGAACAACAACACUACAAAGUCCCACUUGGCAUGCUUCCACGAAGAUGAUGCCUUCAAGUACAGCGCGUACAGAUACACAUAUCUGCUCGUGUUCCCUGUGGCGUUUAUCUGCAACAUCGGGGCGCUGGCGGUGUUCUUCAGGCAGAGCAGCCGCAGGAGGUCGGCCUCCUGUGUGAUCAUGAUGAACCUCGCCAUAUCAGACGGCAGCUUCUCCCUGACCCUCCCGCUGCGAUUGGCUUAUUACUUUAAUGAAGGGAAGUGGUUCUUCCCAGACUGGAUGUGCCGACUGUGCGUCUUUGGCUUCUACGUCAACCUGUACACCAGCAUCCUCUUCCUCACUCUGCUGAGCGUGCUGCGCUGGUUGGCUGUUGCUAAGCCGCUCCGUCACCGCUCUUUAGCUACGCCUGCUCGAACCUUAUGGAUCUGCCUGGGAGUCUGGGUGUUUGUGGGCGGAUCCUCUGUGCCCUUCCUGUCCAAUGGGGUUGUACAUAGGAACAAUGCAACUCGCUGCUUUGAGCCAGAAACCCCAAAGUCCUGGUCGAUUAUCCUGGUGUUAAACUACGUGGCGGUGACUUUUGGUUUCCUCAUACCUUUCCUCACCAUCAUCAUCUGCUACAGCAAAAUCAUUCGACAGCUAACGGCCGACUCAAGCCCCAGCGGCACCAACCUGGCCAGCAAGAAUCGCACUCGCAACCGGAGGCGCUCGGUGCAUUUGGUCAGCAUGGUGACAGCGACCUUCCUGUUCUGCUUUCUGCCCUAUCACCUGGUCCGCUCGCUCCACCUGCACGCUGUGUGCAACCGCUGGAACUGCAACAUCUUGCUGGCCCUGCAGCGAGGGGUGGUGGUGACCCUGUGUCUGGCAGCGUCGAACAGCAUGGUCAACCCGCUGCUGUAUUACUACUCUACAAGGACGUUCAGGGAAAACAUGAGGGAAGCCCACUCCUCACUGCGGUCCAGCAGAGGAGGGUCCAUCAAAGCAUCAAGCAUGAAACGGAGGAACACCAGCUGAGGAGGCUGUCAAAGUGAGGCUGCUAACAAUGUUCCUCAUAAAAGCUUUGAGUUAGACUUUGUUUUAUCUACUCCAGUGGAAAUAUAGAUGACAUUCCACUAAAGCUCUUCUUUCCUAAUAUGGAGUGAAAAGCCGGUGGAACUACAUGACUGAACUUUUCACUAGGACUAAGAGUCCCUAAAGGGACAAACAGACCAAAAAGCUACCAGGAAGGACCUGAAGGACUGUGAGGAGUUGAGAAUGGUUCAUGAGUUUUAAUGGACUCCUAAACCCUUCUCAAAUGACUUUAAUGGGUGAUUCUGAAGAGUUCUGGGGUCUUUGAGUUCAAGGGUUACCCAAGAGUCUGAGAGGUUGUGAAGUUUCAGGAGUUGUUGAGAAAUUCAUAUCAGAUUGAUAAGAAUAAUUCUGUUCAAAUGUUGCUUUUGCCAAACUGUAAAGUACUUCUAGACGCAAAUCUUGCCACUCUUCACAUUCCUCUGAGCACUUAUUUCACCAGUUAUUUUGAAGCAAAUUCCGUUUUAAUUUUAGUAAACGUGGGUCCAUAAAAACUGCAUGUAAAACUCACCUGUCAGAUCAGGUAAAAUUCAGCUUCUUUCUUUUGAUUUUCCUGUCGUGUGUUUGGUAUAAAAACCAGAAAAUGGAAAAGUUGCAGAGUAAAAGCAGCCCCAUUUCUUGCAGAGUAACAGCGCCCUCUUCAGGCUUUAGUGAAGUGUUUGGAGAAGUUACUGAGUCCUUUUCUUAAUUAUAUGCAGCAGGAGACUGCAGACCAUAAUAAGCAACUCUGAGCAAUUUUGACUUAGGGAGAGGCAAUUAAUUCGAUUUUGAUUUAAAUUACGAGUUUGGGUUCAUUUGAUCAUUUUCAUUGGAACAUUAUUAGAAUAAGAUAACUGGCAUGAAUGCAUUUAUUUUUUCUUUGCGAUAUAAAUCAAGUGGACCAUUUUGCUUUCCAGUGGUGCAUUUUUGUUCCCUGCUAAGCUCAACCUCAGUCGCUUUUUAGUUCAGCUCUACAAAUAUCUCGUCUAGGGGUCUUGAACCCACAACUAUUUUGGCAACGAGUAAACUCGAUCAAUUACAAAAUUAUCUUAUACAUUUUUCAUGGAGAAAAAUAGAUAAGUUUAUGAAGUCCAUCACAGGCAACCAAAAGUCUGAAAAUCUUUUUAAUUACAGCAGCAGGUGAAAUAUCAAGUUAAACACCACAAUGUAGCUUAACAACAGGAUAUUAUCAUAGCAAGACUUGUUUGUGGCUAUUUCGUGGGAUUCCUUUGGUCUAGAAUUGCUUAAAAUAUAUUUUUUGAUAAUGAAGGUGAACCAGUGGAAAGAUAUAUAUAUAGAGAGAGAGAGGGUUAAAAAUGCACUUUUUAUAAGUUUAAUGAAAAUCUAUGGAAGGUUUCGAACUGUGAAACAGCUUAUACUGAAACACUGUUGUUGAUUACUUCUUCCACCUCUGACUUCAUCUUUUUGAGGACUUUGGAUGACAUGAUAUGUACUAACACUGCGCUUUGUUCCCGAGUGUGAGAUAUUUGUGUCCGUGUGUCAUUAUUGUUGAAACAUAUGAUGCUGUUUCCAAUGAAGAGUUGUUGUUUACAUGUUUAUUUAUUUGCAAAUAAAAACUUCAGGGACAUUUCACAUGAAAUGGAAACAUCUCCGUUCCCUCCUUUCCCCCAAAUUCAUCUUCCUGUUUAUUUUCCACAGAACAGAAUUUUUUUUCUU